AUGCGUAGAUCAGUGCUGCUGUUAGUGAUGCUGGUUUCCUACAUGGGGUGCAAGGGUUCUGUUGUUAAAUGUGGCAUCCAGGAUUCCUCUCAUAUUACUCGCAAGUAUUAUCAGCCAGGAGACAUCAUCUUUGGGGGCAUUGGUUCUCAGAGCUUCAUCAUCUCCAGUCCGAAAGACUUCAAGCAAGAACCUACUCAGACACCAUCUGAAGAAACCAUGGUAGUGACUAAGAACUACCAGCACAUCCUGGCCUUGGCAUUUGCUAUAAAGGAGAUCAAUGAAAAUCCCCAGAUCUUACCAAAUGUCACAUUCGGAUUCCACAUGUAUGACAUCUGUUCGGAUGCUGGAUUGACCUAUCAUGCCACGAUGCAACUUAUUGCCACGAGGAACAGGUUUAUCCCCAACUACAAGUGUGACAUCCAGGACAUUCUAAUUGCUGUCAUUGGUGCACUUCACUCAGAAACUUCCUACCAGAUAGCAAAUAUUUUAGGUAUCUACAAGAUUCCACAGUUUAGAUCAGAAAUGUCUUACUAUUUGGUCUUCUCAGUUCCAUUUGCCAUUCCAGCAGGACUAGGGAAAAAAGUUUCAAUAAAGAAAAUGCUCUUGUAUAGUGGUACUCCAGGGAGGGCACAUAAAUCUGAAUUCCUCACUUCUUAUCGGAUGGUCCCAGUUGAUGACCUCCAGUAUGUGGGAAUUCUCCAGUUACUUCUCCAUUUCAAGUGGAAAUGGAUUGGAUUCAUUGCUGAUGAUAAAGAUAAUGGAGAACUGUUUCUAAAAGUCAUGCUUCCAUUAUUAUUCAAAAAUAGCAUCUGUUUAGCCUUCAUAGGAACAUGCCCCCCAAAUUUAAGCUUUGAUGAUGACAAGGAAGACAUAAUAAAAAUGGGGGUUGAAAUGUACGAUAAAGUCAUGAACAGUACAGCCAAUGCCUUGGUCUUCUAUGGAGAAGCAGAUUCCAUCAUAUUUUUGAGAUUGGUAUUAUAUCUACCAGUUAUAGAUGACAACAUACAAAAACCAAGAGGUAAAGUCUGGAUUCUGACAGCCCAGAUGGAAUUCAAAUCACUUGUCUUCCAACGGUAUUGGGAUAUACAAAUCAUUCAUGGUGCUAUAUCUUUUGCAAUUCAUUCCAAUGAACUUCAGGGAUUCAAAGAAUUUCUUCAAGAAAGAAACCCAUCCAGCACAGCAGAAGAUGGUUUUAUUAGAGAUUUCUGGGAACAAGCAUUUGGCUGUGUAUUCCCAAAUCCUGUUCUGGACACAGUGGAGGGUGAUAUGUGCAUGGGAGAGGAGAGGCUUGAGAGUCUUCCUGGGGCUUUUUUUGAAAUGAGCAUGACCGGUCACAGCUACAGUAUUUACAAUGCUGUCUAUGCAGUAGCACAUGCUUUACAUGACAUGUUUUCAUCCCAAUCCAAACAAAGAACAAUGAUGGAAGGAGAACAACGGAUACUUCAGAAUAAUUGGCCAUGGCAGCUUCACCAUUUUCUGAGACGUGUCUCAUUCAACAACAGUGCUGGGGACAAAAUUUCUUUUGACCAGAAUGGAGUAUUAGUAAAAGGAUUUGAUGUCAUAAACUGGGUCACAUUCCCAAACCAAUCAUUCAUGAGAGUAAAAGUUGGAAAGAUGGACCAUCAAGUUCCACCAGAGCAAGCAUUUUCCAUUAAUGACAAAGCAAUUGUAUGGCACAGCUCGUUUAACCAGGCACAGCCCCUCUCUGUAUGUAAUGACCAUUGCCAUCCUGGUUACAGCAUGCAAAAGAAGGAGGGGGAACCAUUCUGCUGCUAUGAUUGCAUCCCAUGCCCAGAAGGGAAGAUCUCUGACCAGAAAGACAUGGCUGACUGCUUUCAAUGCCAAGGAAAUCAUUCUCCAAAUAAAGAUCAAAAUGGAUGUAUUCCUAAAGUUGUAAUCUUCUUGACUUUUGAAGAACUUUUGGGGGUUGGUUUAUCCACUUCUGCCCUUUCAUGUUCUUUGAUAACAGCUCUGGUACUAGGGAUACUUAUAAAGCACCAUGACACUCCAAUAGUCAAAGCCAACAACAGGAACCUCACCUACAGUCUCCUAAUCUCCCUUUUGCUCUGCUUCCUUUGUGCAUUGCUAUUCAUUGGCAGACCUAACAGAGUAACGUGUCUCCUCCGACAAACUGCCUUUGGCAUCAUCUUCUCAGUGGCUGUUUCUUGUGUGUUGGCAAAAACCAUAACUGUGGUUCUGGCUUUCAUGGCCACUAAGCCAGGAUCCAGAAUGAGGAAGUGGGUGGGGCAAAGACUAUCCACCUUUAUUGCUUUGUCUGGCUCCCUUAUUCAAGCAGGCAUGUGCAUUGUAUGGUUGGCAACCUCUCCCCCAUUCCCACAUGCUGACAUGCUUUCAAUGACUAACAAAAUUUUAUUAGAAUGCAGUGAGGGCUCGAAUGCAAUGUUUUACUGUGUCCUGGGUUACAUGGGUUUCCUGGCACUUGCCAGCUUCACUGUAGCUUUCUUUGCCAGGAAGUUACCAGACAGUUUCAAUGAAGCAAAGUUUAUCACUUUUAGCAUGUUGGGCUUUUGCAGUGUUUGGGUAUCUUUUGUUCCAACCUACUUGAGCACCAAGGGGAAAUACAUGGUAGCUGUGGAGAUUUUCUCUAUCUUAGCCUCCAGUGCUGGAUUGCUGAGUUGCAUCUUUUUCCCAAAAUGUUACAUUAUUGUUCUGAAGCCCGAACUGAAUGACAGAGGACAAAUAAUGAGAAAAACGUGA